AUGGAAAAAGCUUUUAGGAAACAACAACAACAACAACAACCACCACCAAUGCCACCAAUGCCAGUGUCACCGCCAGUAGUGCAAGACCACCAAGCUGAAGAUCGAACCAUUGCGAUUAUGAAAGAAAUCAAAAAGAUGAAAUUGCCAUUGUUUAAAGGAGGAAUUGACCCACUGAAAGUAGAGGCAUGGGCACAAAAAGUCUUACUUGCUGCUUUUACACUAGAAAAUGAAGCACACCAAUGGUGGAUGCUUAUUAGAGAUGAACAUUUGGGAAUGAAUUGGGCUCAAUUUUUGGAAGUCUUCUAUGAAAAAUACUUCGCUCAAUGUAUCCAAGACAUGAAGGUAACAGAGUUUGAAAACUUGAAGCAAGGAAAUAAAACUGUAGUAGAGUAUGAAGCACAAUUCACUGAGCUAGCCCAUUUUUCCCCUCACAUGGUUGAUAUGGACUAUAAGAAGGCAAGAAAAUUUGAGAGAGGACUCCGAGAUGCCAAUCUAGAGAAAAUUAAUGUCUUGAAGCUACCAAAAUAUGUUGAUGUAUUGGAUAGGGCCCUAAUGUCGGAAGGUAACAUGGCUAACCACAACCGGUUCUCAGAUUGGAAGGGUAAGAGGCAAGGUUCUAAUGUGCAUAAAGGGCCAACUACUAGCUCAGUUGGUUCCACUCCUACAACAAAGACUACUGCGAAACCUACUUCUAUUAGAGAUAAUGUCAGACAAGGAAGAGUCUUUGCUCUCGUUCCUGGUGAUGUUCAGAAUACAGAGGUUGUGGUCUUAGGUACACUCUCUGUCAAUGGUCAACCUGCACAUACAAUGGAUGUGAGUGUUGAUAAUAUCCUAAUUGUUAGAGAAUUUUCGGAUGUAUUUCCUAAGGAUUUUCCAAGGGACUGCAUAGACCGUAAAAUUGAAUUUGUUAUUGAUAUUGUGCCAGCAACUUUUAUGGAUUUAAUGAAUCGAAUUUUCAAACCGUAUUUGGAUGAGUUUGUGGUGUUGAAUGAAAUUGUAUUCUUGGGGCAUGUGAUUAAUAAGGAUGGUGUGUCAGUUGACUUGGAAAAGAUAGAAGCUAUUGUGAACUGGCCUACCCCUACUAAUGUUACAGAAGUGCAUAGUUUUACAGGUUUAGCAGGUUACUACCGAAGAUUUGUUAAACAUUUCUCCAAGAUUGCAGUGUCGCUUACCCAAUUGACUCAAAAGGGUGCUCCACUCGAGUGGACAGAAUAG